GCGGGCAGCCCGGGCGCCGGCCCCCGCGUCGGGCCGGGGCCGCCGCGAUGGACCCUCCCGCGGGCAUCGCCUGCCUCCUGCUCUGCUGCGCGCUCUCCCUGCCCGCCGGCGCCCUGCGGCGGCCCGGGGACAGAGAUCCAAUUCUGAGGAAUAUAGAGGAGUACAGCCUUGUCAUCCCCACCAGCACCGAUUCAGAGGGCAGGUUCCUAUCCCACUUGGUGUCCGGACCGCCAAAAGCACGCUUCAGGAGAGCUGUGGAGGACUUGCAACAUGAAGCAGCAAAUGAGCAAAUAUUUUACAAUGUCACUGUUUUAGGAAGAGAGUUUCACUUCAGGUUGCGGCCAAACUCCAGGCUCGUGGCCCCUGGAGCAACAGUUGAGUGGCAGGAGGACUCUGAUGAGACUCACGUUGAACCUCUCUAUGGGAAUUGCCUCUAUGUUGGGGAUAUCACUGAUUUGCCAAACACUUCAGUCGCUAUCAGCAACUGCGAUGGGCUGGCUGGCAUGAUUCGCACAGACAAGGACGAGUUCUUCAUUGAACCUCUGGAGAAGGGGGCCCAGGAGGAGGAGGAGGGAGGAGGCAGAACGCACGUGGUCUAUCGCAGAGCAGCUGCCAAGAAGCAGCUUCCAAUUGAGAAUGUGGAUACCCUGUAUAAAGCGGCUAACCUCACUAAUUUGGAUAGUCUCGACAGCGCAUUGAGCUUUAUUGAAGACCGGGUGCAUAGAUCGAGGCGGCGCUAUCGAAGGCAUGCAACGGAGGAUGAUUACAACAUUGAAGUCCUUCUGGGGGUUGAUGACUCAGUUGUUCAAUUCCAUGGGAAAGAACAUGUUCAGAAGUACCUGCUGACCCUGAUGAAUAUUGUUAAUGAAAUUUAUCAUGAUGAGUCCCUGGGUGCUCACAUUAACGUUGUCUUGGUGAGGAUAAUCCUGCUGAGCUACGGCAAGUCUAUGAGUCUGAUAGAGAUUGGGAACCCUUCGCAAAGUCUGGAGAAUGUGUGUCGCUGGGCCUACUUGCAACAAAAACCUGACACUGGACACGCAGAAUAUCAUGACCACGCGAUCUUUCUCACAAGGCAGGAUUUUGGUCCAUCUGGCAUGCAAGGCUACGCUCCAGUCACUGGAAUGUGUCAUCCUGUUCGAAGCUGCACUCUCAACCAUGAAGAUGGUUUUUCAUCUGCAUUUGUGGUGGCUCAUGAAACUGGACAUGUUUUAGGCAUGGAGCACGACGGCCAAGGGAACAGAUGUGGGGAUGAAGUCCGCCUGGGGAGCAUCAUGGCCCCCCUUGUGCAAGCUGCGUUUCAUCGCUUCCACUGGUCUCGUUGCAGCCAGCAAGAGCUGAAUCGAUAUCUCCAUUCCUAUGAUUGUCUGCGUGAUGAUCCCUUCGAACAUGACUGGCCUUCCCUUCCACAGCUGCCAGGAAUUCACUACUCCAUGAAUGAGCAGUGCCGUUUUGAUUUUGGUUUGGGCUACAUGAUGUGCACAGCUUUCCGUACGUUUGAUCCCUGCAAGCAGCUGUGGUGUAGCCACCCUGAGAACCCCUACUUCUGCAAAACAAAGAAAGGGCCUCCGCUGGACGGGACCAUGUGUGCACCAGGAAAGCAUUGCUUUAAAGGUCACUGCAUCUGGCUAACACCAGACAUCCUGAAGCAGGAUGGACACUGGGGGGCAUGGAGUAAGUUUGGCUCUUGUUCUCGCACCUGUGGCACUGGCGUGAAGUAUAGGACACGGCAGUGUGACAAUCCACAUCCUGCCAACGGAGGCCGCACGUGCGUGGGGCCAAGCUACGAGUUCCAGCUGUGCAACACUCAGGACUGUCCUAAGGACUUUGAAGAUUUCAGAGAGGAGCAGUGCCGGCAGUGGGAUCCUUACUUUGAGUACCAGAACACGAAACACCACUGGCUCCCCUAUGAGCAUGUCGAUGCUAAGGAAAGGUGCCACCUGUUUUGCGAAUCAAAAGAAACAGGAGAUGUGGUGUAUAUGAAAAGGAUGGUACAUGAUGGGACCCGCUGCUCCUACAAAGAUGCUUACAGCAUCUGUGUGCGGGGAGACUGCUUGAAAGUUGGGUGUGACAGGGUCAUAGGUUCCACGAAGCAGGAAGAUAAGUGUGGUGUUUGUGGAGGAGAUAAUUCCCACUGCAAAGUGGUGAAAGGAACAUUUUCAAGAGUACCAAAGAAACAAGGGCACAUUAAGAUGUUUGAAAUUCCUGUUGGUGCGAGACAUUUACUUAUACAGGAAACAGAUGCCACCAGUCAUAAUCUCGCAAUUAAAAAUCGUGAAACGGGGAAGUUCAUUCUGAGCGAAGACAACUAUGUGCCAGACUCUAAAGUAUUUAUUGACAUGGGUGUGGAGUGGGAAUAUCGGAAUGACGAUGAUAGAGAAACUGUGCAGACCAUGGGGCCACUGCGUAAUGGAAUAGUUAUUCUGGUGAUUCCUCAUGGUGGUGCCAAGAUAUCUUUGACUUACAAGUACAUGAUCCAUGAAGAUUCCUUGAAUGUAGAUAACAAUAAUGUUUUGGAAGAGGACUCGGUGUCAUAUGAAUGGGCUUUGAAGAAAUGGUCCCAGUGUUCAAAACCUUGUGGAGGAGGCUACCAAUUCACAAAAUACGGCUGCCGGAGGAAGACAGACCACAAGAUGGUUCAUCGGAGUUACUGCGAGCUGAUUCAAAAGCCCAAGCCCAUUCGCAGGGUGUGCAAUCUCCAGGAGUGCUCCCAGCCCAUAUGGGUUACAGGAGAAUGGGAGCCUUGCAGCAAAAGUUGUGGGAAAACAGGAUAUCAAGUACGAUCUGUCCGAUGUAUCCAACCCCUACACGAUAAUACAAAUCGGUCUGUUCAUACCAAGUACUGCAACAACGACCGUCCAGAAGGCAGGAGGCCUUGCAACCGGGAGCUUUGUCCAGCACAGUGGAGAAUAGGACCCUGGUCACAGUGCUCUGUCAGCUGUGGCAACGGCACACAGGAUCGCCCGGUCCUGUGCCGGACCAGGGACAAUGCUAUCGGCCUUUGUAAAGAAAAUAAACCAGAGACUGUAAGGAUUUGCAGACUACCUCCAUGUCCAAGAAACGUUUCUGAUCCUUCAAAGAAAACCUACAUGAUACAAUGGCUGUCAAGACCUGAUCCAGACUACCCCAUCCAGAAAAUAUCUUCAAAAGAUCAUUGUCAAGGAGACAAGUCAAUGUUUUGUCGCAUGGAAGUUCUCUCUCGUUACUGCUCGAUUCCCGGUUACAAUAAGCUGUGUUGCAAGUCCUGUAAUAUGUACAGCAACAUAACAGAGGACGACAAUGUAACUGAUUCUAACGUAAAUAAGAAUAAUGUCAUUGAGGAGGAGCUCCUGACAACCCUCAGCCCUCCCGUAGGAGCGUCCACCACACAGUCUGCCACCAGCCCUCCUCUUGUUUCCAAAACACGUGCACCUCCUUCCAAUGCAACUGAGGAGCACCCAGAAAUCAAUGCAGUGGAUGUUCCCUAUAAAAUUGAUGGGUUGGAUAAUGAAGUAUCACAGCACAACAUCAUUACACGGAGGAGGAUACCUUAUGAAAGGACAAGGAAUCAAAGAAUUCAGGAGCUGAUUGCUGAGAAAAGGAAAAAAGAGACUCUUAGGAAAAUAAACUAAAAUGGAAAUAUGGCACAAACAACAUUUUUCUCUUAUAGAGAUGUUACCAACAUCAUAGUAUUGCCCAUAUCGUAGAGACUAAAAAUGGGGAAAAAUCAAAGUGGUGCUAUGGCAGAGAUGCCAAAUUCUAAAGCCUACUAUAAAUGGAAAUGACAGAUUGUUUCAUAAGUGCUAAUCUGAACACUUUGACGGCUAGGUUUACAGGGUACGGUAGAGUAUUAGUGCAAUAUCAUUACAGCGUUUCACUGAAUCCAAACAAACCGUAAUACCUAGGCCAGGUUAGCAGGUUUCUUGUUUAUGGGCUCUUUUAAGUCUUCUAUGCCUGUGUAAAACUGCUUGGGAAUAGUAAUGGGAGUUACACUUAGGAUGGAGGAAAACAGUCACAAGACAUAACAAAUCCCUUUAACACUGACAAGCAGGUGGUCAGGAAUCCUGUGAUGCUUCUGUGCAUUGCAUAAACCCGGGCACUAACUCAGCCCCCGGUUCAGGAAGGUACUUAGGGACAUGCCAGGCUAAGCUCAGCUGACUUUGGUAGAGCUGCUCCUGUGGUUACAGCUAGGCAUGUGCUUACAUAGCUUUCUUAACCGGGACUGCGUAAGAAAAUAUAUAGAAAAUUCUGUAGCCAUGUAUUUAUGUGUAAAUUAAAAACUGGCAAACAGUAGCUAACAUAUUUCCAUAAGUGAUUUCAAAGGAUUCUCCUAAAUUUUUGAAUACGUGCAAGACAUUUAGUAGGGUAGAUCCGGCCAACUUGGACUGACAACAUCCUAGUCUUUCUGUUUACAAUUAUCCAUGUUUUUGAUAGUCUUAAAGUUCCUAUAAUGCAACAGCCUCAGUGAUCUUUUUUUUGGUUGGUGCUUUUUUUUAUUGGUCUGAUUUUUUUUCUACCCACAUACUGUUUAACUUAAAGAGGACUGGAUUCUUGUUGCCUUUUCUUUGGUGCUUUGUUAAGAAAACAUUUUUUUUUCUCCCACAGGAUGAGGUUAUUUUGGAGGAAAUAAUUUUGUAUUAUCUUCCUUUCCUUAGGACAGCUUUAUUGGUGCAAAGUGAACAAGUGAAUUGUUUGCUGUGCCCUUAUAUAUACACGUACAUACACACACACGUGUACUCACAGUACCAGGUCUGCUAGAAACUUUAAGAUGUGUAACCUGACAACCCUUUGAGUACUUCUUUUCCCCUCAGGGUCAUCAUGGUUUUCAUAGGUCAUUUUGAAUUCCUGGUUGGAGAGCAGAAGAUGAAUUCAGCUUGGCUCUUAACACCACAGAGACAGGGAGUGUGCACUGGUUCCUGCUGCGGGUGGCAUCUGAGCAGUUUUUCUCCUGUCUCCUGGCUUGGACUCUUCCAUUUGUUUCCUCUUUGCUGGUAAACCCCCUGCAGAGCCCAGGACUUCCCUGAAAUCCUCCUUUUACCACUAGGUAGGUCUGAUGGCUCCUAGCUCAGAUUUUCCAGUCUGAGAGUAAGAUCUCAUCGUCCAGCCUGAACUGGUCUUAGUUUGAAGCAGUGCCAGUAAUAAGCCUGUAUAUACAGUCACAUAGUUAUUGGAAAUGUGUUGAGUUUCCAGCAAUGUGUAAGCUCUUCUGUGGCCCAGCUGCUGGCAGAGAGCUUCAGAAGCACUGCAAGGUGAACAACAUGUGGCUUCCUGCAACCCUGCCUUCUGCCCCCGACCACCACGGCUGGACGAGCUGCCCAGUCUCCUCUUCAAAACAAGCCAGUCCUCCUGGAAAGGAUGCGAGAGCCUGCAGGAACACCAGUCUUUGCAGCACCGAGAUGUUGAACUGUUCUGGCCUGAACUGUGUCCAGAAAACUGUGAAGGACAGGACCUGGUUUAAGAAAAAUACUUCAUGGAGAUACUAGCGAAGGCACAGAAGGAAUGUUUUCAGCUGAUGGCAUCAAGCGUCCCUUCUUAAAGAGGACCGGGGCGAUACACUUGGGUGAGUGUUUAGGAGCAGCUCAGUACAGGGAUGGGAGUUACACUGAAGACCCUGAAGACCAGGAAGCAGAACGGGCCUGGUAAAAGUCCAGAGCACUAGGAAACAUCUGGGCCAAGCAGACGUGGCUGCAGAUGUGAAAGCAGCAGCCAGCGCAAGCAACAAAAUAAUCUGUUCUGGUUUUGAAAAGUAAAGCUAAAGCUCCACAGUUUGGCAGCAUUGAGCAGCGGUUGGCUGGGGCAGUGGCAGGAGUCUCACCUCAGACUUAAACUCGUGAGACACUAGGCAUUUUCCUGCAGUUGAAGGUUGCUUAUCUUUAGUUGCCUGCGUGGUAGCCUUCGCUCGUCCCAGCCCUGCUCCAUGGCCUGCCUGCCAUUACAGAGCAACGAUGCACGGACAAGCCCGGCGCUGGCCCCAGGAGCCUUGUGCCAAGGGAUUUGUGGUUGCCUACAGACAGGACAAGUUUUAGUAACAGCGUAGGGUCAGGUCACAUCUGUGCAAAACAGAGCAAUGUAGUAAUGGGCACUGAAAGGAAAAAAAAUCCACCAUGCUAUUUAUAAAGCAAGGAAGUCGUGUCUACAACAUCAUUCCAGCUGCUGUGGCAUGUGAGAGACAAGCUGUAGCUGGGCUCCCAGCCUGUAGACAUAGUGAGUAUUUCUUGCCUUCCACAUUUCCUUUACACAGAUGUGGUUAGUGUAAAACUCAUCUUUUCCCCUUCAAGUUACUAUCCUGCUUUUAGCUCUGUGGACAGUAAAAAUAAACCACAACCCCCAGCUUUUUCAUAGCCUAGAAGCACAUCCAAGCAUAUGAUAAACUUGGGAAAAACCCUCACAAACCCAAGGGUAGAGAUGGGUUGGGGCUUGAAGUUACGCAGGUGGGGAGGCAGAAAUUUGCUACCUGGAUGGUACCAGCCUUGCUCUCUGAGACUUUGUGGAGACCCAUUUCUCUGACCCCCAGAAGCCUGAGAUAACCUAUCUAAUAGCUUCUGUUCUUCCUUAGCUUCUGGAAUAGGCUUAGUCAACCAGAUAAUGUGAAGAAAUGCCACAGGAGGAGGUGCCCACAGCUCAAAUGCUGUCUUACAAAUAGCAUCUUCUGUCCAAAGGACUUCUAAGUUGUGUCCCAAUAGCAAGUGGGGCAGGAAUUCAUUUGGUGCAACUUCAAGUGACCUUUCUGCAAACGGCACGAGGAAAGGCCCGUUCCUGUGGGGUGACCCAACAUUUAUAAUGGACUAGGCGGUUCUGUGCUGAGCGUUUCCAGCUGUGUCUUCCAGCAGCCAGCACUGCUGUAGGCUGGGCAAGGUCAAUUCGCGGGGGUUCGCUCGCUCACACGCAGCGUGGACACCCUGGCUGAACUUGCAAGGCUGUUUUGAAGUUCAGAAACUUGACCUCUUUGUUCUUUCUCUAGAGUGAGUCAGUUCGCAAUCAAACAAACCAAAAGCACUCUUCCAGAUAAGGUGGAAACUUCUGCUGCAUCUUGGAGCGUGAGCAGCCUCCCAGAAGGCUGGUAUGGUGCUACGCUAGGUCUGGUGUUCAUUAGGGACCAGAUGCAAUGCCUGGUGGCAUCUGCAUUUAGGAAGGGCUUGCUCCCUUCUCAGUCUCACCUUUUUGGGGACUUAAUUUGAUUUAUUUCUCGCUGGCAUUAAUUCAACUGAAUAUUUCUCUAGUGGUUAUUUGGGGAACACUGAAAUGAUAUUUGAAGGAGCAGCUUCAGUCUAGAUUGCUCAAGACAGUGAGACGCUGAUGGACACAGCCUGGUCCAUCUCCUUAUGGAGCAGAGCCACCAGCUGCCUUCUCUUUACAGUCUUGCUGUAUGAGAGAAAAAAAAAGUCUCUUCAGACCGGGGAAAAUGGCUUCUUUUCAAGCUGGCAUGAAUUCUUCAGAAGGUGGUUUUUUUCAGCAGUUCCCAUUAAGGUCGUUUCCUAAGAAUAUGUACCUCACUUCUACUGGAAAACACAGAGCAGAGCUCUAUUGAUAAAGAAAAAAGCAGCCCAAGGCAAUAGGUGGGGUUUUGCUCUCAGCUGAUCUUUGUUCCAUGUCAUGCAGUGGAAAUUUUGGUCAUUUUUUGGCUGGUUGAACUUUUGACAACUGUUUCCUCUUUUCUACAAUGGUGUAAUUGGGCAAGAGCAUCGCCGUAGUGUGUCUUCUGUAACCAUUUUGCUGUUGCCCAGGUAUUGCAUUUUGAGAUGUAAUGAGCAGAGUGGUAUUUUAAUGUAACCUAAUCCCCAGAAACUAAAGCAGAUUUAUAAGAAAAUAUAUUCCUGCAGAGACCAUCUCAGAGAUCAGAGAGCUAAAGCAAUGUGCUCCCAUUAAUCAAUGCAUUUUAUGGUUUAACCAUGCAAGUACACAGCUUUCUAAAUUGUCAUUUUUCUGUUGGUCUAAACUUAAAAUCCAAGUGACAGCCCCUCAUGAAAACAAAAAGAUCCCAAACCAAUUCUGGUUCCUUUGGCUCCAAUCUACUGCCAUUUUUUUCACCAACAUUCCUUUAAAAAUUUCUGUAAUGUAUUAUGAAUGCAUCACUUUUUAUAUUCAUAUAUCCAUUCAGUAUUUAGAGUCUCACAACAUCUCCAUAGAAUGCUUUCAGAUAUUUUGAGAAUUCUAGAAAUGGUGCUUUACCAGUACUCAAAGGGUUUUAUGUUUUAUUUUAUUACGUAAUGCAUUUAAUGUCUUAUUUACUCACCUACAAUGCACAGUAUUAGCUAUGUUCAUCUGAAUAUCUAUAUGCAACUUCCAUUCACUUACAUAUGCCUUAACAGAAAUUGCAAUAAAUAGCCAUUUCUUGUAUAUUAAAAAUGUAUAUACAAA